CAGAACAACACAGCUGUCUUUGUCCAGCUUCUCUGGGCUGGGCUUUCUGCUCCUCACGCUCCUCAGCGCUGCCCCCCUCUUCUCUUUAGAUAGGCAGGACUGUAGCUCACUAUGUAACUCACGGAGAUCCUCCAGGUGCUGAGCUUACAGCCUGAAGCUCCUGACGACUCCAUCAGCAGCCUGUUGCCCCAGCAAGGUUGGAGAUGGCAGUUCCCCCCAAUUCCUGCCUCUUAGCUUAUCUGCUCACCUUCAUGGUCCUGCAGCUGCCCACGCUGGAUUCAGCUCCCUUCGAUGUGAUCGCACCUCAGGAGGCAGUGGUGGCCCUACUGGGCUCAGAGGCCGAGCUGACCUGUCGCUUCUCCCCAAACGCGAGCGCGGAGCACAUGGAGGAGCUGCGCUGGUUUCGACAGACUAGGUCGCCAGCUGUGCUUCUUUACCGGGCUGGUCAGGAGCAGGAGGACCAGCAGAUGACCGAGUACCACGGGAGGGUGACGCUGGUGACCGACGGGCUCUCGGACGGCCGCGCUACUCUGAGGAUCCGAGGUGUCAGGGUCUCGGACCAGGGGGAGUACCGGUGUUUUUUCAAAGACAAGGACUACUCCGAGGAAGCCUCUGCGCAUCUCAAAGUGACUGCGCUGGGCUCUGAUCCGCACAUCAGUCUGGGAGUUAAGGAGAAUGGACAGAUCCAGCUGAAAUGCACCUCCUCUGGGUGGUUCCCAGAGCCAGAAGUGCAGUGGAGAACGCCCUCAGGAGACAGCCUUCCAUCCGUAGCAGAGGCCAGCAAUCGUGAUGAGGAAGGCCUGUUCACUGUGGCAGCUUCGGUGGUCCUCACAGACACUUCCGUCAAGAAUGUGUCCUGCUGCAUCCAGAAUCUCCUCCUCGGACAGGAGAAGGAAGUAGAGAUCUCGGUACCAGCUCCCUUUGUGCCCCAGCUGACUCCUUGGGUAGCAGCUGUGGCCGUCAUCAUCCUGGCCCUAGGAUUUCUGACCAUUGGGUCCAUAUUUUUCACUUGGCGAUUAUACAAGGAAAGAUCCAGAGAGCAGAAGAGUGAAUUUGGCUCUAAAGAGAGACUUCUGGAAGAACUCAGGUGUAAAAAGACUGCGCUGCAUGAAGUGGACGUGACCCUGGAUCCAGACACAGCGCACCCCCACCUCUUUCUGUAUGAGGAUUCAAAAUCAGUUCGCUUGGAAGAUUCACGUCAGAUCCUGCCUGAUAGACCAGAGAGAUUUGACUCCUGGCCCUGUGUAUUAGGCCGAGAGAUCUUCACUUCAGGGAGACAUUACUGGGAGGUGGAGGUGGGAGAUAGAACUGACUGGGCCGUUGGUGUGUGUAGAGAGAAUGUAGUGAAGAAAGGGUUUGACCCUAUGACUCCCGAGAAUGGGUUCUGGGCUGUGGAGUUAUAUGGAAACGGGUACUGGGCCCUCACCCCACUCAGGACCCCUCUCCCUUUAGCAGCACCUCCUCGCCGGGUUGGGGUUUUUCUGGACUAUGAGUCAGGAGACAUUUCCUUCUACAACAUGAGUGAUGGCUCUCUUAUCUACACUUUCCCUAGCACCUCUUUCUCGGCCCCACUACGUCCUUUCUUUUGCUUGUGGUCCUGUGGUAAAAAACCCCUGACCAUCUGUCCAACUGCCAAGGGGCCUGAGAAAAUCACAGUUAUUCCUAAUGUCCAGGAUACCGUGCCCUUGUCCCCACUGGGGGAAGGCUCCGCUUCUGAAGAAACAGAUACUCUCCAUUCUAAACUGAUACCUUUCUCGCCUAGCCAAGUGGCACCUUAAUGUACCAGCUCCACAACUUCCCUUUCCUCUGUCUACUCCCACGUGCUCUGAAGCUUCAGUCGCUUGCUUCCUGCAGUCCUGUUUUUUUCUGGUGGGCGGUGAUUAAUUCGCCUUGGGCAGGAGGGUUUGCUGCUGCUAGAGAAGGCAGGGAGAACGGCUUUCCUAAUUUGUUUUCGCACCAAUACUGGGGAGAUUGAGAGGUGAUUUCCAAACUGUUUCUAGUAGCCACAUCCCUUCAGAUCAGAGCCUACAUAGGAGGGCUUGGUACCAUCGGUCACCGGAGGGUCCAAGAGGGUCCAAGGCUGGCAUAUAAGGGUGGCACCAACAUUUGGAAUGUGGGACAAUAGGUUUUAGGCAAGGGCAAAACAAAAUAGGAUGCUGGGAAAGGAAGAUCUUAGGCUAAAAAUCCCAUAAAGAAAUUUAGAGAAGGCCUGACAGGAGUGAAUGAAGUAAACUUGGUCCAGUUAGGUACAUGUGUCCUGUCCUAGGGUUUUUCAGAACCAUAUCUCAAAAAUUUUUAGUAGUUAAAUUUUUUGACAACUUCAUACAUGUAUAUAAUGCAUUCUAAUUACUCUCACACGUCUCUAUUCUCUCUUAUUUCCCUCCUCUCCCCCUCAGCAACACCCCUUCUUGCUUCAAAUCUGACACUGAGUUUAACUCAGGGAUAUAAUGAAGGCUCUCAUGGGAACAUGGAUUUGGAGCUCUCCACUGAAGUUUGCUGGGCUCAAGAGGACAGGCACAACUGAAUACAAUGAUUUUCCUCUCCCACAUCUGACAGUUUCCAGUAGAUCCAGUAGGUAGGGUCCCUAUCGUGGCUAACUGUUGACAGAGCUAGCUUUGUGCGGGUCUAAUUCAGGAAACUACAGUACCUGUGAGGUCAUGAUUGUACGUACCCCAAAGAGCGCGCUUCCCAGCCGUUCCCCCUAUCCUCUGGAUCUUAGGUUCUUUAGUCUUCUCCUUCAGGACGCGUCUUGAACACUGUAUCUUACAUUUUCCAAGUCGUGUUCUAUAGGAUAGAGGAGGCUGGCCCUACUUGUAAGGGAGUAGAGCUGUGAGCAAGCCAGGCAGGGCUGAGAGGAGUGGGAAUGAGCAGGGCUAGAGAAGAAACCGGACAGGGUUAGGAUAGAGGGGGAUUUGAAUCAAGCCUGCAGGUUAUUUACGCAAGUGUCAGGCCCAGUUCUUCUUUCUGUGCCCUCCUCUGUCUCCCACCCUUCAAGGUCAAUCCAACCUCACUCGAUUGACUUUACUAGGUAGGGAGGUGUGUGUGUGUGUGGCAAGGGUGUAGGUAGAGGUUUACUGUGUUGCUCAGACUGACCUUGAAUUCCUCAUCCCACGCCUCCACUUUCCAAGUGCUAGAAUUUCAACCAUGUCCAGCAUGCCUAGUAAAUCCACCAGUUUUGAUUCAGCCUGCUCAGGGUAACAUCAUUAUCUCUGUCAGUCUCAGCUGCGUGCUCCCUCAGCCUCCACUGCAAUGCUCAGCCACCUCACAGGUACCUUCAAUUCCCUUCCACCACCAUUCUUUUCCAUGCUGUGCUAUUGCUUAAUAUAGCCUACCCAGUCUUCCUAAAUCCUGUUUUGUGUUAGGACCCCCAGUGUUGCACCAUGAUGCUCAACACAACUGGACAGCUUGUUCCUAUUUGUGUCUGCUUCAGUGUCCUCCUGCCUGUUUUGGAAUUGUAUGUAUCCAAUGGCCUGCCUGUGUGUUCAAGCACUUCCAUUUCUGUUGUAUUUCUUCCAGCUUCCAGAAUAAUAAACAAACAAACAAAUAAAUAAGUAAAUAAAGUCUGAUUGCUGAAGGCA